AUGAUCAAGAUAUCCGCCAAACCCAUAUCAAGCCCGGGUCGGGCGGAGAAGUACUACCCGCCGCCAUUGAUGAGGUUCCUGAGAAGCAAUGUGGGGAACAAGAGCCGCGGCAGGUCUCGCUCCAGCCCCUUGUUCGUCAGGAAGCGGAACGCAGCCACCGCUAUGGAAGCUCCCGAGCCCUCUUCCCCCAAAGUCACCUGCAUGGGUCAGGUUCGGGUCAGGCGCCAGACCAAGAAGAAACGCCUCCGGGGCUCCGAUUGCAAGCGCCGCAACUGGAUCCCGGACGCCCUCUUCUUCUCCUGCUGCCACGGCGGCGGUAGUUGUAGUAGCCUACGAGGGAAGAAGAAAAAGAAGAAGACGAAGAAGAAGAAUCACCGUGGCCGCGGGUGCUUCCGCCGCCCCGCCUGGCCCAAGUGGACCCAGUUCUUCCGGGUCGGGUCAACCCGGAAGUCCGAAAUCCGCGAGGACAGAAACGACCCGGAUUUGGGAAGCUCCCUGGAGGAAGAGGAGGAAGGAGAGGCGAGGUCAGUUUGCGCCGCGAAGGCGUUCGCCUGUUCUUCGCCGGCGAAUUCGCCGCCGAGGAACGCGCUGCUUUUGAUUCGGAGCAGAUCUGCGCCGUACAGGUCGUCGUCUCUGGCGAGCCGGUUUUGGGGGUCGCCGGUCGGGAGCGAGGAAGAAACGGAGGAGCGGAAACAGAGCACGGAGCAAGACUCGAGCCUGACAUCGAAGAGGGAAUCUUCUUCUUUCGAGGAGGAAUCCGACAAGGAAUCGAGGUUGGAUCCGGAAAACGAAGAGACCAGGUUGGGGGUUUUCAAGGAUUUCGAAGGCUCUGUGGAGUCGGUGGUCAAAGAAAGAUUAAUGGAGCAAACAGCCGCAACGAAGCUUGAAGAGGAAGAAGAGAAAGUAGGGGAAUACGCCGAGGCGAUAACGUCGCCGCCGCGGCGGCCGGUUGUGCUGACGAGGUGUAAAUCCGAGCCGGCGAGAAUCGCCGGCGAGAAGCUGGAUCCGGAGGUUUUGGAACUGGUCGGGAACGCCGCGGGGGACAAUAAAGCAACGGAGAUUCCAAUUCCCGAAGGUGGCGUGGAGGAGUUUCAGUUUGCGGUGGUGAUGGGCUGA